AUGCGGGGCCCGCGGGCGGCCCUGGCGCUGCUGCUGGCGGCGGCGCUCGCCCCGCGGCCGGCGCGGCCGCACCCGCAGUGCCUGGACUUCAAGCCGCCGUUCCGGCCGCCGCGGGGCCUCGCCUUCUGCCGCCGCUACGGGGAGUUCGGCUGCUGCGACCCGAGCCGCGACAGCGCCCUGCUCCAGCGCUUCUACAGCCUCAGCGCCAGCCUCGACGAGCACACCUACGCCGCCUGCGCCGGGCACCUGCAGGAGCUGCUGUGCCAGGAGUGCUCUCCAUAUGCAGCUCACUUGUACGACGCUGAGGACCCCUCCACGCCCGUGCGGACGAUCCCGGGGCUGUGCCAGGACUACUGCACGCAGCUGUGGCGCAGCUGCCGCUCCAUCUUCCGCGCCCUCUCCGCAGACCCAGAGAUAACCGCGCUGGAGAACAACGCGGCGAAGUUCUGCCGCUACCUGUCCCUGGAGGACGCCGACUACUGCUUCCCCCACCUGCUGGCCAACCAGCACCUGAACCAGAACCUGGGGCUGGUGACGGCCGAUGCCGAGGGCUGCCUGCAGCUCUGCCUCGCGGAGGUGGCCAACGGGCUGCGCAACCCCGUGGCCAUGGUGCACGCCAACGACGGCACCCACCGCUUCUUCAUCGCCGAGCAGGUGGGCCUGGUGUGGGCCUACCUCCCUGAUGGAUCCAGGCUGGAAAAGCCAUUCCUGAACAUCAGCGAGGCUGUGCUCACCUCGCCGUGGGAAGGAGAUGAGAGAGGCUUUCUGUGCAUUGUCUUCCAUCCUAAAUUCAAAUUUAACGGUAAAGUGUACGUCUACUAUUCAGUUGAAGUUAAUUUUGAAGAGAGAAUCCGAAUCAGUGAGUUCAGAAUUUCUCCCACUGACAUGAAUGCCUUGGACCAUGGUUCUGAAAGGAUAAUCCUUGAAAUUGAAGAACCUGCUUCCAACCAUAAUGGAGGAGAGCUGCUCUUUGGAGAUGAUGAGUAUCUCUACAUCUUCACUGGAGAUGGAGGCAUGGCUGGGGAUCCUUUUGGCACCUUUGGAAAUGCCCAGAACAAAUCAGCCCUGCUGGGCAAAGUGCUGCGGAUCGAUGUGAACAACAACGACCGCGGGCCCCUGUACCGAAUUCCGCCCGACAACCCCUUUGUCAGCGACCCCGCGGCACGCCCCGAGGUCUUUGCCUAUGGUGUGAGGAACAUGUGGCGCUGCUCCUUCGACAGGGGGGACCCUCACACCAAGGAGGGGAAGGGACGGCUCUUCUGUGGAGAUGUGGGGCAGAAUAAAUACGAAGAGGUCGACAUCGUGGAGAAAGGGAAAAAUUACGGCUGGAGGGCGAGGGAAGGGUUCAGCUGUUAUGAUAAGAAACUUUGCACCAAUUCUUCCUUGGAUGAUGUGCUUCCAAUUUAUGCAUAUCCACACAAAAUGGGGAAAUCUGUUACAGGAGGCUACGUCUACCGAGGCUGUGAGUCUCCAAACCUGAAUGGCCUGUACAUAUUUGGUGAUUUUAUGAGUGGACGCCUGAUGUCUUUGAAGGAGGAUCGUGCUACUGGAGAGUGGCAGUACAGUGAAAUCUGCAUGGGGACAGGACAAACGUGCAUGUUCCCUGGGCUUAUCAAUAACUACUAUCAAUACAUCAUCUCCUUUGCUGAAGAUGAAGCAGGGGAAUUGUACUUCCUAUCUACUGGUGUACCAAGUGCCACAGCUCCCAAUGGAGUGGUGUACAAAGUGGUGGACACCUCCAGGACAGCACCACCAGGAAAGUGCCGAGUUGAGCCUUCGCCAGUGAAAGUCAAAAGCAAGCGCAUCCCGUUUGUGCCAAAGGAGAAGUUUAUUAUGAAAACACCACCACCACGUCCCCGCCUGCAGCCCACGACCGAGGCUCCGUGGGGAGGCGUCCCCGGGCCGGGCAGAGCGCCCCGGCCGGGGAAGGGCCCGGAGGAGGAGAAGGGGCAGCGCAGGCAGAGGAAGAAGAAGAAGCAGGGCCCCGGCAAUGGCGCGGUGCGGCUGAUGCGGCAGGGCCGGCGCGGGCGCGGCCGGGGCCGGCUCGAGGUGUUCAUCGACGGCGAGUGGGGCACGGUGUGCGACGAUGGCUGGAGCCUGCCCGCCGCCGCCGUGGUGUGCCGCCAGCUCGGCUUCCCCCGCGCCGUGCGAGCCGCCAAGAAGGCGGAGUUCGGGGAAGGCAGCUCGCUCCGCAUCCUCCUGGAUGAUGUGCAGUGCUCCGGGCAGGAGAGGACGCUGCUGGAGUGCUCCCACGCCGGGGUGGGCACGCACAACUGCAAGCACGAGGAGGAUGCUGGCGUGGUGUGCGGCCGGGAGGAGGUGACAGACCGGUGACAACAGCCAGCUGAGGGACUUGGAGACAUCCCUCUCUUGCCCAGCUCUCUAAACCAGCUGCAGUGUUGAGGAGGGUGUGCCUUGCCUUGAGGAUGCUGCAUCUGUUCAAAGUAAUCUUAUGUUUUCUUCAUGUUUGUCCUCAUGCAUUUGCCUCAGAGGGAAAAAAAAUGAAGCACUGAAUUCAGUCUGUGGGCAGGGGCUGCAUUUCUAUGGGGUUUUUUGUAGGAAGAAACCCCCAAUCAUCAGCCUUUAUAGAUCAAAAAAGAGAUGCAUCCUGUUGCCCUUUCCCAUUUCAAAAUACAGCGUUCUUCUUUCUCAUUUCAAAAUACACCAUUCUUCAGCUGUGCAUCACAAUGUUUUGCCAAAAAAUAAGUUCCCAAAGGACUGUUUUUCACUCUUAUGGAAGCAUUUGCAUUGUUUGCCUUGCUUUGCCACCUGCAGCUCUAAGCUGGGGUUUCUAAGGACGUGCCUUUCUAAAUCUGUGCCUUUCUAAAUCUGUGCCUUUCUUUGCAAAUUAUAAAAGUAUAUCUAUUUUUUUUAACCUUCCACUCAGUAGUUUAAAGGAAAAUUAUUUUUUCUGUAAUGCUUUUUAUUGGUAUAAACCUAUUGGUCAUGAGGGUAAGCAAAAUCAGGUGAUUUAGAAGAAACCAUAGUGUACUGCAUGGAAAAUAUUUCUGCAGUUUAUAUUAGCCUAAAUGAAAAGAAAAUCUAAUCCCUUUUACAUGAACAGGAUUGAAAAUCUGUCCUUUUUUAGAUGGACAGAAUCAUUAUGCAGUUUAGCUCUGAAGAUACUUUCGUACAUGUUUUUCCACUUUCCCAGACUUUAUAACAUGUACAUGUUUUUCCAUUCAGUUUUUCACAGGUGUGAAUGACUAGACAAGAGGUAAUGUACUGGGGCAACAGUCCAGUAAUAUUUACCCUUUUUUUAGAGGAUAUUAAAAAAGAAGCAAACAA